CUGACUUCACUUGAAAAGGAACCUGAAACUGAAACAGGGUCAGGAUUCCCGACCUGAAGUCAGAGAUGAGUCACUGCUCAGAGCAACUGCAGUAGCUGACAAGCAGCCACAGAGAGGCAGGCAGGCGCCCCAUGCAUUAGGAAGCAGGCAGCAUAUCUGAGCGUCCCAGCGAAACAUGGCAAGCAGCAUGGAGGUGGUGAGCAUGGACUGUGAGAUGGUGGGAGUCGGGCCCCACCAGGAGAGCGGCUUGGCUCGUUGCAGCCUCGUGGACAUCAACGGAGACGUGCUCUAUGACAAGUUCAUCCGGCCGGAAGGGCAGAUCACUAAUUACAGAACCCGAGUCAGCGGGAUCACACGCCAGCACAUGGAGCAGGCCACCCCCUUCGCUGUGGCCAGGCUGGAGAUCCUGCAGCUCCUGAAGGGCAAGCUGGUGGUGGGUCAUGACCUGAAACACGACUUUAAGGCGCUGAACGAGAACAUGAGUGGCUACAACAUCUACGACACAGCCACCGACUGGCUGCUGUGGCAUGAAGCCAAGCUGUCCUACUGCAGGCGCGUCUCCCUCCGGGUGCUCAGCGAGCGGCUCCUUGGGUGGAGUAUCCAGCUGGUCCGGACACAGCUCCGUGGAAGAUGCCAGAGCAGCAAUGAAGCUCUAUCAGAUCUCCCAGCAAAUUCGCGCCCGCUGAGGGCUGCCCACCGGGCGGUGUCGGCUCCGUUCCGCCCCUUCCCCAGGGACCAAAGACGCUCAUCUCCUCAGGACAGCAACUUCCUCACUUUUGGAUAAUGUAUCUUUAGUAGUAAAAUGGCUCUAAAUUUUCUCUACUCUGUCA